AUGGCUGUGCUUGACGCAAGACGCUGCCCGUACUGUCUGUCGGUUUCCACCAAGGGAGAGGGCUGCUCCUACGUGCAAUGUCAGUGCGGAGCAAUCUUCAACUGGGGCGAUGCGGAGAGGGUUACGUCGAUCAAUAACGAAGAAGAGCAGAGGGGGCCGACUCGAGCGGAGUCUGAGCAACUACAAGCAGACCCGACAAAAUCGACUUCAUUAGAACUUCGAUUGGACACUCUGCUCAAUGCUACGGCUCUUCAUAAGUUACUCCCUGGUAUUAUGUUCGACAGAGAGACGCCGAUGCUCCUGAAGGAAAAUCGAAAUGCCACCGCAAGUACCCAUGCCACCUUCACGAAUUCUAGCGACUGGAGUGACGACGAUAAGGGCGAAGGUUCUGAGACCACCGACACGAUAGACCCUGCCUCCGUAGAUCGCAAAGCAGAAGCCGACAGUCGAGGAGACAAGGAGGAAAAAUCCGACGAUCCCACGCCUUCGGAGAUGUGUGAGAUGGAUCGCAUAAUUGCUGAGCGCUCCUCUCGAAGAAGAGAUCGUAUACCGAAAUCGAUACGCACACGAUAG